AAAGUGAUUGAAAUAAAAACUUCAAAAUGAAUCCAUGUUUUUCAAUCUUGUUUUUUAUAACAAUUUCAAAUUUGUUUGUCAUGAUUUUUUCUGCACAAAAUAUUGAUAUAGCUUCAACAAGGCAAUUUCUAUCUAGCGAUAAUACGGCCAAAAUUGAAGAGAUGCAGCAAAAUGGUUCAAAAUUGCGGAAACGAAUCUGUGAAUUAGAUGAGAAUGAAGCUCGUACAUUCAAUGACAAGAUGAACGAAUGUAAUCGCUUGAAUUACGUAUAUCAGAUCGAAGAAUUAUUCAAACGAUGUCGAGAAUUAAAAUCUGAAGCACUUAAUUAUUUGGAAUUCGAACGUCAAGAAUGUCUAUAUGAAGAAUGUCAUCUUAAGGUUAUGGAGUCUAGUGAAUAUAAAAGAAUCAUGGCAGAUUGGGAAAAAUUAUCACCUAUGGAACGAUUGAAUCGAGAUCAUCAACGUUUUAAAUGUGCUGUGGAAGCGCUAGAAAUCAACUCGUCAUAAACAAUACAGAAACAUCAACAUUCAAUUUUAAUAUUUCUUCUUGGUACAAAAAAUCAAAUCUAAAUGUAACUUUUAUUCAUGUCAUUCAAUUCACGAUGAAAACAAUAAAUAUUCAUUUAUAAUGUAAAUGAUCGACACAUCAAAA